AUGAUAAUCAGAAGAACACAACACCCCCAACUCAAGACUCCUCCACCUUUUCUGAUCACAUGCUCCUCGUCCCCUCACAAAUUGGUCCGUGACCCUAGGCUCGACCGGCACAUCGUGAGGCAAAACAAGAUACGGUUCGUGCAGAAGCUCAAGACCCUCCUCCUCUCCAAACCCAAGCACUUCAUGCCCAUACAAAUUCUAUAUAAGUGCCGCUCUUACCUGUCCUUACCCAAACCCCGCUCCCUCCUGUCCAUGAUCCGCCGCUACCCGACAGUUUUCGAGCUGUUUUCCAUCCCGACCCCACCAUUCCCUUUGAACGCCGCCGGCCCUCUUUCUCAGCUUUGCGUCCGCCUAACGCCGCCUGCAGCCGUCCUGGCCAAAAGGGAAACCGAUCUCAAGAGGCGAAUGUCCGACAAUCUUGCUUCCAAGCUCCAGAAACUCCUCAUGCUCGCCUCACCUCACCACAGGCUCCUCCUCUCCAAGCUCGUGCACUUGGGCCCUGACCUCGGCCUUCCCACCAACUUCCGCUCUCGACUAUGCAACGACUACCCGGAUAGAUUCAGGACCAUUGACACUUCGUAUGGGCGGGCACUCGAGCUUGUUGCGUGGGACCCAAUCCUUGCUGAGGUCCUCCCGCCGCUGCGUGAUGAGGACGAGUCCCGCGGGCUGAUAGUGGAUCGCCCGUUGAAGUUCAAACAUUUGAGGCUGCGGAAGGGGCUGAACGUGAAGAGGCGCCAUCGCGAGUUUCUCGUUAGGUUCGGGGAAGUCCCGAGCGUGUGCCCGUACGGGACGAUUGCGGUGGAUUUGAGGAAAGAGUCUGUGGAGGCGGAGAAGAGGGCAUGUGCGGUGGUGAGGGAGGUUUUGGGGAUGACGGUGGAGAAGAAGACUUUGGUGGACCACCUGACGCAUUUUAGGAAGGAGUUUGGGCUUCCGAACCGGCUUAGAGGGAUGCUGGUGAGGCAUCCCGAGAUGUUCUACGUGAGCUUGAAAGGGCAGAGGGAUUCGGUAUUUCUGGUGGAGGGGUACAGUGAGAAAGGUGUGCUUUUGGACAAGGAUGAGAUAUUGGAGAUAAGGGAUGAGAUGAUGAGGCUAGUGAGAGAAGGGAAGAGGAUGAGAAGAGAGAGGAGAAGGGAGUAUAUGUACGGGGGAGUGGCUGAUGCUCGAAAUUUGGGGGACGACGAGCAUUUUGAUGAGUUUGAGGAUGACGACGAUGAUGAUGGCUUGGAUGAUCUGUUUGAAAUAGAAGAAGGAGAAGAGUAUUAUAGUUCAGAGGAUGAGUUGGGUGGCGAUGAUGAAAGCAAUGUGUUGAUGGUGUAUCCAGAGAAUGCCGACUUUUGGACGGCUGAGGAGACAGCUCCCGGGGUGAAAAAGCCCUGGUAG